AUGAAUAUUUCUACUGUUGAUCGUCCAGUAAAUUCGAUUUCGUAUCCUCGAGCUAAUCUACUUACAAAAACUGAUCUAUUUGAUUCAUCAUCUGGUCUACCAUCCAUUCAUCGUCUUGUUCAACAUUUAAAAGCUGAGGGUCGUCUCGAUGAACAAUGUGCUUUACAUCUUGUUAAUCUUGCUCAACAAACACUCGAACAUGAACCGAAUAUUUUAGUUGUUCAGAGACCUGUUACUAUUGUCGCCGAUAUUCAUGGACAAUUCUAUGAUCUUCUCACAAUAUUAUCGGCCGGUGGAGAACCAGCUAAAACACGUUAUCUAUUCUUGGGUGAUUAUGUUGAUCGAGGUCAAUUCGAAUGUGAAUGUAUAUUUUUAUUAUUUGCACUCAAACUUAAUUAUCCACAAAAUAUCAACUUACUUCGAGGAAAUCAUGAAACUCGUCAAAUGACUGAAGCAUUUCAAUUUAAAUUGGAAUGUCAAAAGAAAUAUGGUUCAAUGUCACUCUACGAUGCUUGUAUGAUCGCUUUUGAUGCAUUGCCCAUUUGUGCUGUCAUUGAUUCACGUUUUCUAUGCAUGCAUGGUGGUAUCUCACCCGAUAUUCAGACUCUAUCCGAUAUUGAAAAACUGAAUCGUUUCAUGGAAAUACCUUCUUCAGGUCCUCUUUGCGAUUUUCUUUGGUCUGAUCCAAGUGAAGAUUUUGAUCAAGUCGAUGAGAAACAACCGAAUUUUAAACCAAAUAAUGUCCGUGGAUGUUCUCAUUUCUUUUCGUAUAAUGCUUGUCGAGAUUUCUUAUUUCGAAAUAAACUUUUAUCAAUUAUUCGUGGACAUGAAGUACAAAAAGAUGGUGUAAAAUUUUUUCGAAAAUCCUCUCAAACCAAAUUUCCUGUCUUAAUUUCCCUGUUUUCGGCACCUAACUAUUGUGAUGUAUAUAAUAAUGUUGCUGCUAUACUUAAAUUGGAUGCAAAUCAACAAAUGUCUGUUGUACGUAUUGAAGCACACGAGCAUCCAUUUGUUUUACCUAACUAUGAGAAUGCAUUUCAAUUUGGCGAACGAUUCACUAUUUAUUAUACUACUCAUCUACUUCUUUCACUUUUCAAUAUGUAUUCACCAGAAGAAUUAGCUGCUGAAGAUGGACGUCAAGAUAAAACUGCUAUUGAAUUAUUGAAUAAAAAACGAUUGAUUGAAACAAUGGAUCGAGCGUAUAGUGAAUUAAAAGAGACAAAUAAUAUUGUACUGAAUCUAGCUGGACUAACACCUUCUUAUCAUGCUUAUAAAGAUUUAUUGGCUCAACCCGAUGUUCAAGCAUUGAUCGAUGAAGCCGAAAAGGGUCCAAUUAAGAAUUAUGAUCAAGCUAUAGAAUUAGAUCAUAUAUUUGAACGACGACCAAGUGUAUGA